GCCAAAGCCAAACCCUUUCUUUUCAUCGUUCAGCCGUUCCCUCCUCUUAUAUGCUCUGCAAUUCUGUUCUGUUUUUCACUCUUCUUUUGCAGUAACUCCCCACCGCACUCCAACUUCUCUUGCGCCGCCGCCCACCAAAGUCUAGCCUGCGUUGGGCCCACUUCCCCACUCGAGCAUCAUUUUACUUGAGAGAUUUAAGUGCGGCUUGGGAGCAAAGCUCCCGCAUUCGAGGCUCGCCGGCCGUUACCGGCGACUUACGUGACUUCCUUUACCACCUCCGCCUUCCCCAGAGAACUGUAGUUUUCUUGCUUUCUGUAGUCCAUAAUAUUUGGCAUUAGACCCUGUUUACUCCAAGUAAAACACGAAUGAUAAAACCCCUGUAGCCGUUAGCUCUCUCAUUGGCAGAUUGAAUUCGCUGAGGUAGAUAUGGCGGUCGACAAGAACAAACUUGAAGAGGAAGUCUGUGUUCUUCGAUUUUAUAAAAUAGUCCUGAGUUGGGAUUACCUUCGCAUCCUCAAAGAAUCAGAUAAGAGAAAUCACAAUAAGAAGUCUGGGGAUGGAGGUGCUGUGGAGUUGAAGGAGGUGAAGAACACAUAUAAAGAUGUUGAUGAAUAUCUUGAUACGUUUGAGCCUUUGCUUUUUGAAGAAGUUAAAGCCCAGAUUGUUCAACGAAAAGACGAGGAAGAAGAAACUGAAUGGCAGCAAGCAAUCGUGGCAGAAUGCAGUGAAGUUAAUGGAUUUCAUUUACCUAUGGUCAUUUGCUCUGAUGCAGAGUUGAUAUCUCAGAAUGAUCUACUGUUGCUUUCAACUAAGAAGUUUGGUGAGGGCAAACAAUUACCUACUACAUAUGCCUUUGCAUUAGUUGAGCAUCGUCAACAAGAUAAGAUAAGACUUCGCUUAUAUUUGGGUGGAGAAAUCAAGAGAUUUAACACAGAUGCUAUCGAGACCUGCCCAAGGCUAUUAAAUAUGCUUCCUAUUGUUACUGAAGUGCAGAAGUAUUUCUAUGUUAUGAAGAUCUGCAGCUUAUCAACUAUAGUCCGUGAAUAUGUUGCUAUGCGGUCCAUUAGUUCUCUUCCUUUCAAGGAUUUAAUAUUAACAGCAUCUGAAUCUGACAAUUCUGCCGAAGAUCGUGCCUGGAAACUAUCUAGACCUCUGGCAGAGUUUAUUCAAAAUAAUCACAAUAAAUCGCAGCUGGAGGCUAUAUAUGCAGGUCUUUCACGGAAAACCUUUGUUUUGAUACAGGGCCCCCCUGGGACUGGAAAAACGCAGACUAUUCUGGGGCUUCUUAGUGCCAUUUUGCAUGCUACUCCAGCUAGGGUACACUCCAAGGGAAAAUUGGUUGGAGUAAAACGUGGGCCAGAAUUGCCUAUUGAAGAAAAGUACAAUCACUGGGAAAAAGCAUCUCCAUGGUUAUCUAGCAUUAAUCCUCGAGAUAUGAUCAUGCCUAUAAAUGGUGAUGAUGGAUUUUUCCCCACAUCUGGAAACGAGUUGAAACCAGAAAUGGUUAAUUCCAGCCGAAAAUAUCGUGUCCGAGUACUAGUAUGUGCUCCAUCAAAUUCUGCCCUCGAUGAGAUUGUCCUGCGUCUCCUAAAUACUGGUAUUCGUGAUGAAAAUGACCAUGCAUACAACCCUAAAAUUGUGCGAAUAGGUCUCAAACCACACCACUCAGUCCAGGCAGUUUCAAUGGAUUAUUUGGUAGAGCAAAAACUUGCAGGUGUGGACUCACAAAGUGGUGACAAGCAAAAGCAAGGUGGUGUAGCAAAGGAUAAAGACAGUAUCCGUGCUUCUAUACUCGAUGAAGCUGUUAUUGUCUUCUCCACUCUGAGCUUCAGUGGAUCAACUCUUUUCAGCAAAUUAAACCGUGGCUUUGAUGUUGUUGUAAUUGAUGAAGCCGCUCAAGCUGUGGAGCCAGCAACCCUUGUUCCGCUGGCCAAUGGAUGUAAACAAGUAUUCUUGGUGGGGGAUCCAGUUCAGUUGCCUGCCACAGUAAUUUCUCCUGUUGCAACAAAAUUUGGAUAUGGAAUGAGCUUGUUUAAGAGACUCCAGAUGGCGGGCUAUCCAGUACAAAUGCUGAAAACCCAAUAUCGCAUGAACCCUGAGAUCCGAAGCUUCCCUUCUAGGGAAUUUUAUAAUGAAGCACUGGAAGAUGGACCUGAUGUGGAAGAGCAAACCAAGCGCUCAUGGCAUAAAUUCCGCUGCUUUGGGCCAUUUUGCUUCUUUGAUAUACAUGAUGGAAAGGAGUCCCAACCAUCGGGAAGUGGUUCUUGGGUAAAUAUUGAUGAGGUUGAAUUUGUCCUUGCAAUGUAUAGUAAAUUGGUAAGUAGAUAUCCAGAGCUUAAGGUGAGUUCCCGACUUGCAAUUAUAUCACCAUACAGACAUCAAGUCAAGCUCUUCAGAGAAAAGUUCCGUAGCACUUUCGGCGUGGAGUCUGAUAAAGUUGUGGAUAUCAACACUGUUGAUGGCUUUCAGGGACGAGAAAAGGAUGUUGCCAUCUUUUCAUGUGUUCGGGCAAGCAAAGAUAAAGGCAUUGGGUUUGUCGCUGAUUUUAGACGAAUGAAUGUUGGUAUUACUCGAGCAAGGGCUUCUGUUUUGGUUGUGGGUUCUGCAUCAACACUGAAAAGAGAUGAUCACUGGAAGAACCUGGUUGAAAGCGCAGAGCAGAGAAAUGUAUUAUUUAAGGUUUCCAAGCCAUACAAUGACUUUUUCAGCGAGGCCAACCUUAAGUCAAUGGAAGUGAAGGAAUCCAUGGCGGAGAAACCCGAGGGCCCUCCGGAGGAAAUGGAUGUUGACGUGCCUAUUGAUGCUAAUGCUGGCAGUGCUGAACAAGGACAACCAGAAGAUAAUGACUGGGGAGAUGCCGGAGAAGGAGAGGCUUACGAAGGGGACUUUGGUGGUGAGGACUAAGACCUAACAAAUUCUUUCGGCUGCGAUUCGGCUUUCGUGCAAAUUAUUUCCAAUGAUUUGAAGUUCUUCAUGAUUGUAGUUUAUUGUCAUCUGAAAAAAUGGCUUCUCUUUUUGCAUUCAAGUAUAUAUAGAAGAACAUUGAUAGUAUGUAUUUUUCUGUUGCUUAUUUGUAAAGAAGUUGUCAAGGUAAUGGUGGUUAAUGGUAUUUUCCCAAUUUAUCUCAGUUUAAGAGAUUCUACCAUA